UUUUCCAGCAUUACCCGGAUUUUGGAAAAAGAACAUUGCCUGAGGAAUUUUUUUGCCCCUUCGAGACCCAGGAGGAUGAAAGUCAUCACUUGUGAAAUAGCGUGGCACAACAAGGAACCCGUGUAUAGCCUGGACUUCCAGCAUGGGACGGCUGGGCGGAUCCACAGGCUGGCUUCCGCAGGGGUGGACACCACUGUGAGGAUCUGGAAAGUAGAAAAAGGACCAGAUGGAAAAGCCAUUGUUGAAUUUUUGUCCAAUCUUGCUCGUCAUACCAAAGCUGUCAAUGUUGUACGUUUUUCUCCAAACGGGGAAAUUUUAGCAUCAGGAGGAGAUGAUGCUGUCAUUCUGCUGUGGAAGGUGAAUGAUAACAAGGAGCCGGAGCAGAUUGCUUUUCAGGACGAGGAUGAGGCUCAGCUGAACAAAGAGAAUUGGAGUGUUGUAAAAACCUUGAGGGGUCACUUGGAAGAUGUAUACGAUAUUUGCUGGGCGACUGAUGGGAAUUUAAUGGCUUCUGCCUCUGUGGAUAACACAGCUAUCAUAUGGGAUGUCAGUAAAGGACAAAAGAUUUCCAUUUUUAAUGAACAUAAAAGUUAUGUACAAGGCGUAACUUGGGAUCCUUUGGGCCAAUAUGUUGCUACCCUGAGCUGUGACAGGGUGUUGCGGGUGUACAGCACACAGAAGAAACGCGUGGCUUUUAAUGUUUCGAAGAUGCUGUCUGGAGUGGGGGCUGAAGGAGAGGCAAGAAGCUACCGGAUGUUUCAUGAUGACAGCAUGAAAUCGUUCUUUCGUCGACUUAGUUUUACUCCUGAUGGAUCUCUGCUCCUCACACCAGCUGGAUGUGUGGAGUCUGGUGAAAAUGUAACAAAUACAACUUAUGUUUUCUCCAGGAGAAAUCUUAAAAGGCCUAUUGCUCAUCUUCCAUGUCCUGGAAAAGCAACACUUGCUGUCCGCUGCUGCCCCGUGUACUUUGAAUUAAGACCGAUAGCAGAAACAGGCCAGGACCUGAUGACCCUGCCCUACCGUGUGGUGUUUGCUGUGGCCUCGGAAGACUCCGUGCUUUUCUAUGACACCCAGCAGUCCUUCCCUUUUGGCUACGUGUCUAACAUACAUUAUCACACGCUGAGUGAUAUUUCCUGGUCCAGCGAUGGAGCCUUCCUGGCCAUUUCUUCCACGGACGGUUAUUGCUCAUUUGUGACAUUUGAGAAGGAUGAACUUGGAAUACCUUUGAAAGAGAAACCAGUUUUGAGCCUGAGAACUCCAGACACAGCAAAGAAAACUAAGAGUCAGAUACACCAAGGGUCUUCUCCAGGACCCCGAUCGGUUGAGGGAACCCCCACCAGCCGAACCCAGGACCCCAGCAGUCCCAGCACCACCCCUCCUCAGGCCAAGCUGUCUCCAGCCCCACCAGCGGUCAAGGACACGCCCUCAACGACUCCUGGGUCUGCAGAGGAGAAGAAGACCCCGCAGCCCAGCGGUGCUGGCAUGAAAGCUCAACCCUCCCGCAGGGUCACACUGAACACGCUGCAGGCCUGGAGCAAGACAGCCCCCCGGAGAAUUAACUUAAUGCCCUUAAAGACAGAUACUACAUCCAAUUCUGCUCCUGCCAGUGCCAUUUCCACCCCUUCCACAGAAGAAAUGCAAUCAGGAGUGAAAACAGGAAUUAUGGGAAAGUUAGAACUAGACCAGACCUGGCAGCGAAGAGAAGGGUAUUGGGGCUGGGAAGAAGAGCAGGCUGAUGGCCUGGGAGAGGCCCAGGGGCCCGGGUCCUAG